GAAGAAUACCUAGGAUUACAAUAGUGUCCUGGCAGCUUAGCUGCCCGGACCCUAAUAAAUACAGCAGCAAUUUAUUAGCAUAAUUUGAACCUGUUUUUCAAUUUAAUAUAUCGGAUUGAUUAUUUGGAAAUGUUUACUACUAUAUUUAGGCAUGUUGUUCAGCAUUUGGAAGUCAGGCUUACAUGCACCAAUGUUCCAUCUCACAAAGGCUCCACCCUCUACUGGGCUCCAUGUACUUCAUUAGUCAUUACUAUUUUGAACAGGAAAAAGAAAAAAAUAACACUACCUGGAAUAACAACCAGAGCUAUGGGAGUUACACCCAAGUUGUGCCCAUCAAGAGAGGAGUUCCCCCUCAUUGAGACUGAACACAAAGCCCAUCUAAGGAGACUCAAAGCUGACCUCCAGCAGAAGGACCGGGAAAUGCUGGAGCUCCUGCAGGAGAGGGUGACUCUAUUCUGUGAGCUGGCAGAGGUGACAAGUGGGCAGGAGGGCCUGCAACCUCCCAUCACUCGUUACUUGUUCAGGGCAGACACACCCCAAGCUCCCCGUGCAGAGAAACUCCUGCUGGAUGCCACAGCUGAGGUUGACAGGUUGAGUGAGCUCCUCCUGGGUUCCAGCGUGGACAUCCCUCUUCCAUGUCAUCACAACCACACGGAGGUGGUAGAAACCAGUGAUCAGGAUCUGUUGGUCAAUGGAGCCCAUGUUUUCUUUGCAGUAAAGGAUUGCAUGAGGAAUCAAGACAAGCCACCGCUCACGAAGAUCUAUCAGAGGCUGGUGAAUCUCAGUGUGUAUCUCCAUGCACUCCAGGGUGCUGUCAUCAAACAAGACUCCAUCUUGGAGCUGCUGCUGCAGCCACAGGAUACUGUAGGACCAGCUGCUGGAGGAGUAUGGCGCCCUCUCUGGCGAGAUGGUGGAAAUCGGGAGGCCAGUGCAGGAUCAACCAUUGGGGAGCUGGCUCUUUUGCAGAGACAACACAGCCUGCUGCAGGAGGAGCUGCUGAGGCUGCGGGAUGCAGAAAGCCGGUUCAAGGACAGUGAAAGAGCACGGGCAAAACUGGAGAGGCAGUUCCGGCACAUGAAGGUCUGCAGCGGGGCUGCACUUGCCUCCCAACAUCUGGAGGAGCAAGCUUCUCAACCUGCAUCUCUGCAGCAAGGAAGAGAUGUCUCAACUGGAGUUGAUACCCUAUGGGCCAGCCAGUUACCGGCACACCAAUCAGAUGGCCUCCAGGAUGGCAGUGAUUUGGAGGUAGACAUGACGUCAGAUGAUGAUGAUGGGACGGUUUCUGAAAGCUCCAAAGAUCUUCAAGGUAUUCCAGAGGUGAUCUGAUCCCCGGCAAGUUACACUUUGCUAAUAAGCUUAAAAAAAACUACAGUUGAUUAUAAUAUAAACUGAUCGACUCCAA